UUCGUCCACAUAUAUUUACAGACCCACCUCUGCAUCUGACACUGUUUGAGGCUUUUCCCAUUCCCCCUUCCCCCAUCGAUUCACAAACACAAUAGAAGCGAAGUCUGUUCUGUUUAGAGAGAAGGAGAGCAAUGGCAGAGCAUUUGGCUUCCAUAUUUGGGACAGAGAAGGACAGGGUGAACUGCCCUUUCUACUUUAAGAUAGGGGCGUGCAGGCAUGGAGAUCGCUGCUCCAGACUCCAUACCAAGCCCAGCGUCAGCCCAACCCUCUUGCUCUCCAACAUGUACCAGAGGCCCGAUAUGAUCACUCCCGGCGUCGACGCUCAGGGCCAGCCCAUCGACCCCCGCCAGAUCCAAAGACACUUUGAGGAAUUUUAUGAGGAUCUGUUUCAAGAGCUGAGUAAGUACGGUGAUAUCGAAAGUCUGAAUGUCUGUGACAACCUAGCCGACCACAUGGUGGGCAAUGUGUACGUUCAGUUUAGGGAGGAGGAACAUGCUUCAAAUGCACUUCAGAACCUAAGUGGAAGAUUUUAUGCUGGUCGUCCUAUCAUUGUUGACUUUUCUCCAGUGACGGACUUCCGUGAAGCCACCUGCAGGCAGUAUGAGGAGAAUACAUGCAACCGUGGUGGAUACUGCAAUUUUAUGCACUUGAAAAGGAUCAGCAGGGAAUUGAGGCAUGAGUUAUUUGGGAGCUAUCGGAGAAGGCAUAGCCACAGUCGAAGCAGGAGUCGAAGCCCUUACAGGCAUCGUAGCUAUGAAGAGCGCUCUCAUGGGAGCCGUGGUCAUAGCAGAAGGUAUGAUGAUGAGGAUCGCUAUCCUGAAAGCUGGAGCCGAAGGAACAAGACUGUUAGCCCUGGUGGAAGGAGAGGACGCAGUAGAAGCAGAAGCCCUGAUGGAAGGAGACGGCGCAGUAGAAGCAGAAGCCCUGGAAGGAGAAGAAACCAUAGUCCAGUUAGAGAAGGCAGUGAGGAGAGACGGGCCAAGAUUGAGCAGUGGAACAGGGAAAGAGAACAAAAUGAAAAUUCUAGCAAUUAUGAGCAUCAGCAGCAAUAGCAACCUGCGGAGAAAGGAGGGUGGUGUGCAGGUUCACACUUCUGUGAUAUGCAAUUGAAAUGACUUUACAAUUUUUAAUCUCAUACAUAUUGUGUGACUGUGUGCUUUCUGUAUGAUUAUGUCUCUGUAAACCUUUCCCCUGCUGCCCUAGUUCUGUACUCUUUGCUUCAACCAGUCUCUUCAAACAACUCCCUUCAUCAUUUUGGACUUCGUCCUUCAUAGAAAGCUAUUGAUAUUGCAACUUAGAUAAGCAAUGACAAAGUGAGGCAAAGGAAAGAAAUAUUGAGGAUAGGGAGAGAGGCUUGAAUAAUUAGACCCCAAAUUGUUAAAACUUAAACUGAUUAAAUACUUAGCUUCCAAAAAUUCCGGAACUAAAUAAAAUAGCUUCUCGUUAAUUACUUAUCUUGUGCUUGUGUCUAAAAUAAGCACAAAUGUUCUCACAUCUAACCGUCAUCACAAAGCCAGCUCCUCUAUAAGAAUUUUUGUUUGGGGCCGUAGGGGAUGAUUUCAGCUGACUAUAACAUCUCUCUUUCUAUCUUGUUCAAUCAAUUUUGUUCUUAUUUUGUUUCAUGGAAGCCAAUCCCCAGUUGAUACUUUGCAUCUGUGUGAAAUUUGUUUGCUUGUUUUGCAUGCAUUCAUGUUUUACAGUCAGAAGUUCUGUGACCACCACGAAUCAAGAGUAGUGAACGAUCGAAUAUCAUGGUUCUGUCUUGGGUUUUGAUUUCUUCUCCCCUUUUAGCUUUAUUUUUUUGUUUCAAUUAGUAAAAGUCAUGAUCUUACAUUCUUUACAAGUUUUGCAGGUUCAGGUAUCCCUGCUUCUAAGGUCCGAUCCUAUUUAUUUUCAUUGCAGCUUACAAUGGAAUUUGUGUACAGGUUGCUGGUGCAGUGUAUCAGGAUUCAGGAGAAUGGGGUUAUACGAUAUUUCAGGUUUCAAUUCAGAAGUGUGAAAGUAUAUUCCUAUUCCAUCACUCGAACGACUGAUGUAGGUUAUUACUGUUGGUAGGUCAUUGCUGUUGGUCAAUUGUAGUAGUCAUCAUGAUGCAGGUUUAGUGUGGCAUCCAAAAUAUUAUUAGUUGUUGGACCAGUUGUAUUGUCAUAUUUGGAGUUGUACAAGCAUUAAAAUCUUGACUGGCUAUGAUGUUAUUCCUUCUGUUUAAGUUAUUGACAAUGCUUAAAAUCAUCUGUGAACUUGAUGUCAAGAGCCAUUUGUUACUGCUGGUUUAUCA